UUUGGUUCCUCUGUUGGCUUUGACAGCCCACCGUUUUUAUCUUUUUUUUUUCUUCUUUCGACAAAGCUUUGACAGCACUUCUUUAAACCUUCUCAUCGUAUACAGCUUUGACAGCAUAAUAUCCAGCCCCGAGCCAAGAUGUUGCCCAUUACUGUUGUUACUCUGUUUGCGGCCCUCGCCGCCGCUGCGCCCGCCUCCGUCUCCAUGGAAAAGCGUCGUGUGGAGGGCGAGCUGGUCGUACGGGCGGAUGCUGCCCCCCCGGCGGUGUUGACUGAGUUGUCCUCGCCCGUCGCGUCUGCUCCUGCGGCCGAGGCUUCCAAGGCAGGUGAUGCGGCCAAGGCAGGUGAUGCGGCCAAGGCAGGCGAUGCGGCCAAGGCAGGCGAUGCGGCCAAAGGAGGCGAUGCCAAAGGAGGCGAUGCCAAAGGAGGCGAUGCCAAAGGAGGCGAUGCCAAAGGAGGCAAAGGAGGCGAUGCCAAAGGAGGCAAAGGAGGGGAUGCGGCCAAAGGAGGCAAAGGAGGGGAUGCGGCCAAAGGAGGCAAAGGAGGGGAUGCAGCCAAAGGAGGCAAUGUCCGCGGCUGCGCAGACCUCAAGACCAACGGGCCCGUGGUCGAGCACAAGGUGGUCCAGGGCGACACGCUGGGCAAGCUGACGGCGACGUUCCAGUCAGGCAUCUGCAAUAUCGCCAAGGAGAACAACAUCGCCGACCCGGACAAGAUCGACGUCGGCCAGGUGCUCAAGAUCCCCACCGGCCUCUGCACGCAAAACGUCGACAACAAUUCGUGUAUCAAGGCUGCAGUUGUCAACCCCAACACCGAUGAAAAGGGCACCUGCCUCAAGACGGGCCCCUUCACGCGCGUCAUCAAGAAGGGCGACAGCUUCGUUGGUAUUGCCAAGGAGCUGGGCUUGCAGGAGCAGGCCGUGGUUGAUGUUAACCCUGGCGUCGACCGCUUCAAUUUGCUGCCCGAACAGACCAUCAACUUGCCCAAGUGCAAAUAAUAGGCGCUUAAAUGCAUUUUCUGAUGUGUUAUACACUUUGUAUGGAAGGACUAAGAUAGCUUUAUCAUAUCCAUCAUCUUCCAUCACUCGUCCACUGCUUAUUAUUGCAAAUUUCAACGCAAAUUAUCC